CAGCACGCACUCUUUAGUCUUUACUCUACUCGCUAUCUCUGUCCCAUUCACAUUCAGCCUAUCCACUUUCCUACCGCUAAAGAACCCAUGGCUGACCCAAAAAGUCAUUACUCCAUGGCCAUCCAACCCCAACAACCACCCUCCUCAGUUACCGGAAAACACAGGAUUCUCAUCACUGCCCCUAACUUCCUCAGGCUCUUAUCCAUUCUAUUCUCCGCGGCUUCCAUCGCCGUCAUGGUCACCUCCAACCAAACGGUUUCCCUCUUCUCCUUGUCCCUUGAGGCUCACUUUUACUACUCUUCAGCUUUCAAAUACUUUGUUGCUGCAAAUUCUGUAGUGUGUCUCUUCACUCUGUUGACACUCAUACUCAACUUUCUGCUGGGACAACAAUUACUAAUGCGGAGGGACUAUUAUUUCUAUCUAUUCACACAUGAUAUGGUGGUGACGGUGCUAUUGAUGUCUGGAUGCGCCGCAGCAACAGCAGUUGGCUAUGUGGGUCAGUACGGGCAGGAUCAUAUGGGUUGGCAGCCGCUGUGUGAUCAUGUUGCCAAGUUCUGCAGAUCCACUUUGGUUUCUAUUUUGCUCUCUUAUUUCUCCUUCUUUUCCUAUUUCGCCCUCUCUCUCUUGGAGGCAUAUUCUUCCAUCUCUUCUCCUUUCCCUUCUCCACACUAAGUUAAACUCCAUGCAUCAUUCAUUAAGUUAAUCCAAUAGUUAAAAAUUUAAAUUUACAUGUAUUUAAUCGAUGCACUGUUCUAUUGUCGUCUUCGACGUUGAGCUCUGGUUGCCAUAGUGGUCCCUCGACCCCCUUUUCGACAGUAACAGCAAAUUGAGGGAUGAACUAGCACUUCCUUUUCAGGCAGAACAAAUUGAUGCACAAUAUGAAUCUCAGAAACCACUUUAAAAAUUUAAUCCGGAGUAUAUCUUGUAUGAUGUUUAAGAGUUUUGCUUUUCUUGUUUGUAAUUAUAGGUAGAUUGGUAAGCAGUUGAGUUUAUUGUUAUGUUAUGUUCAUGUAUGUAAUUUUGGGGCAGAAAUUUUAGGCUAAGUGUCUGCUUUAUUCGGGCAAGAAUAGCACACACAGCGUUAGGAUCGGAGAAGGAAGUUUACGAAUGGUGACAAUAUUAUUAUUAUACCUUAAUAUCAUCACUUCGCUUUCCGUUUU